AUGGAUGUAAAUAAUUUAAAACAAAUUUUAGAAGAGACGUCAGCUCUCUCUGAUCAUAAAACAAAAACAGAGAAAUAUAAAUCAAUUCUUCAACAACUUGUUGAAUCAAAACAAGUAGCACCAUUAAAAGUUUUUAUUACACAUUUGACAGAUGAAUCAACACCAUUAGUAAUUUCACGUACAAUUUUAUUAUCAUUUACAUCAAGUCAUAAAACAUUACCAGAGGAUAUUCAAAUGGAGUUAGGUAUUUUCGUAUUGGAUCGUAUUCAAAAUAGAGUUGUAGCAUUUGAAGAACAAGUAUCAGAGAUUCGUUAUAAUCUUGCUAAAUUAUAUGAACGUCAAGAGAAUUGGAGAGAAUCUGCUCGUUGUCUUAUUGCUAUUCCAUUGGAUAGUAGUCAACGUGUUAUCUCACCAGAAUAUAAAGUUAAAAUCUAUGUAAAGAUUGCACGUCUCUUCCUUGAGGAAGAAGAAUCUGGUCAAGCUGAAACUUAUAUCAAUAGAGCAAGUGAUUCAUUACAUUUAGUUAAAAAUCAAAAAUUAAUUUUAGCACAUAAAACAUGCUUUGCAAGAAUUAUGGAUUAUAAAAGAAUGUUUUUAAAAGCAAGUUUAAGAUAUUAUGAUUUAUCACAAUGUUUACCAAAGGAUACAGAGAGAAUGCAUGCAUUAUCAUGUGCAAUUGUUUGUGCAAUUUUGGAUAAAGCAGGACCACAAAGAUCACGUACAUUGGCAACAUUGUAUAAGGAUGAGAGAAGUCAACAACUUGGUGUUUAUACAUUUUUAGAAAAGAUGUUUUUAGAAAGAAUCUUAAAGAAAACUGAAGUUAAAAAGUUUGCAGAACAAUUGAAACCACAUCAAAUGGCAUUACUCUCUGAUGGUAAUACCGUAUUGGAUAGAGCUGUAAUCGAACAUAAUCUCUUAUCUGCAAGUAAACUCUACAAUAAUAUCACUUUUGAUGAAUUGGGUUCUCUUUUGGAAAUUCAAGCUGAAAAAGCUGAAAAAGUCGCCUCAAAAAUGGUCUGUGAAGAACGUCUCAUUGGUUCAAUCGAUCAAAUCGAACGUCUCAUUCAAUUUGAAAAUGUUGGUGAUUCUCUCACUCAAUGGGAUAAAAAAAUUGAAGGUCUUUGUAUUCAUAUGAAUAAUAUUAUUGAAUCAAUUUCAAAAUAUCCAGAAUUUAUUGUAUAA